AUGGACAUGGAUAUGACUCUGCAUUUCGGAGAGCGAGAGAAGAUUCUCUUCAGCUGGUGGAAAACUGGAUCCCUCUCAGGUUUGCUCUGGAAUCUACUGGGUAUUCGAAUGAACAAGUUUUCUGCAGGAAUGGCCGUCUCGAUGCUCAUCAGUUUUCUUCUGUGCAUUCUCUACGAGGCCAUCAAGUCAUUCCGCUACUUUCUCGCCGUCUGGAACAAUCAAAAACGAUUGCAGCGACACGCGGAAGCGGCCAUCACGAAUCCAGCCAACUCUGGAGGCGACUCGAUCUCCGAAGACUCGGUCCACAUCGCUCCCCUCGUUCAGUUGUCCGGGUAUGAGCUUGUGAAUCUCUUCAAAAAGCAAUCCUAUGUUUCAGCUUCACAAGACGACUCUUCACUUCGUACCGCUUGGCUCAAGGAGCUCUUUACGGACUUCAGGUGAGCCUCAGAUUCCCAUCACUCAUUGCUUUGAUUAACCUCCAAUAUUGCAGGCUCUCCUCGCGUACGCGCUCAUGCUCAUCGUCAUGACGUACAACAUGAACCUGAUCCUUUCGAUCGUCGUUGGAGAGGCCGUCGGCUACUUUCUCUUCACUGGAAAUCCGCUCGUCGACCAGCAACUCACUGACUGCUGCUGA